AUGGCGGCUGUGCAGGCUUUCUACGCGUUCUACACUCUGUAUGAGAGCUUGAAUGGUGGUGUUGGUGACUUGGGUCCGUUCUCUGGGUUGGAGGAUGUCGCCAGGAGGGUGUACCUUGAGGAAGGGGCCCUAGCGGUAUCCGAUACGCAGCGGGUAUCCCUCUUCAUCACUUGGAAGAAGCGGGAACGUCUCAGAGGUUGUAUUGGGACGUUUGGGAGGUUGCCGGCGGCUCGGGCAGUCCAGAGGUACGCUUUAGUGUCCGCCUUGGAGGACUCGAGAUUCCCGCCCAUCCAGCUCAGGGAACUACCAGAGUUACACUGUACUUGCAACAUCCUAGACAACUUCACUAUAAUCUACAGCAAGCAGCAGGACAGUACAGGGGGUCCCCAGGAUAUAUUCGACUGGGAUGUAGGGACACACGGUGUGGAACUCAAGUUCAGGGACCCUUGGUCGCACACGCUCCGCAGCGCAACGUUCCUCCCAGAGGUCAUGCUCGAGCAGCAUUGGGACAAGCGUGCCACUUUCGAGAACCUCGUACAGAAGGCAGGGUGCAGUGACGGGGCUGCCCAGCACAUUGUGGACCACUACGAGAAGUACUUCGUCGAAGUCAUCCGCUAUGAGGGCUACGCCACAGAGAUCGCGUACCCGGAGUUCAUGCGCAAGUGGAGCAACGCCCUCCCAACAGACUGA